AUGGAAAUCCAGGUAUGGUGUAUUAGUUUAAUAAAGGUUAGAGUUAGUGUAAAGGUUGAAAAGUUUAGAGGCGACUUAGUACAUAGUGUUGAAUGUGUAGAGGUUGAAAAGUUUAGAGGCGACUUAGUACAUUGUGUUGAAUGUGUAGAGGUUGAAAAGUUUAGAAGCGACUUAGUACAUAGUGUUGAAUGUGUAGAGGUUGAAAAGUUUAGAGGCGACUUAGUACAUGAUGUUGAAUGUGUAGAGGCUAAAAAGUUUAGAAGCGACUUAGUACGUAGUGUUGAAUGUGUAGAGGUUGAAAAGUUUAUAAGCGACUUAGUACAUGGUGUUGAAUGUGUAGAGGCUAAAAAGUUUAGAAGCGACUUAGUACAUAGUGUUGAAUGUGUAGAGGUUGAAAAGUUUAUAAGCGACUUAGUACAUGGUGUUGAAUGUAUAGAGGUUGAAAAGUUUAGAGGCGACUUAGUACAUAGUGUUGAAUGUGUAGAGGUUGAAAAGUUUAGAGGCGACUUAGUACAUAGUGUUGACUGUGUAGCGGUUGAAAAGUUUAGAAGCGACUUAGUACAUAGUGUUGACUGUGUAGCGGUUGAAAAGUUUAGAAGCGACUUAGCACAUGGUGUUGAAUGUGUAGAGGUUGAAAAGUUUAGAAGCGACUUAGUACAUAAUGUUGACUGUGUAGAGGUUGAAAAGUUUAGAAGCGACUUAGUACAUGGUGUUGAAUGUGUAGAGGUUGAAAAGUUUAGAAGCGACUUAGUACAUAGUGUUGACUGUGUAAAGAUUGAAAAGUUUAGAAGCGACUUAAUACAUAAUGUUUUGUGUUGUAGUCACAACUUAAGCUGUGGGAAGAAAUCGAUAAUCGUUUACAUGUGAUUCUUACCUCACAAGUAAACACGAAAAAUGUUGAUUCGGGGUGAAGAGCUAAUACACAAUCCACAGUGAACUGUGUACAGAGUUGUAGAACAUGAAUCGUAGCUAGUAAAGCAGCCUUACCAGUAAUUUGUUUUAUUUUAACCCCGUACUUCGUUAACUGAUGUUAUUUUAUUUGAAUCAGUUGUUUUUCGUGAACAGGCUGAAUGUUCACUAGAAGUUGCUUUUUUGUGAUCACGUGAGCUUUGUUGUAGUAAUGUGAUAUGUUAGUAAUGUAGCUUUAAUGGCGAAUGAUGGUUUGGUAUAUCGAGCAAGUUUACCAAUGUUACACUCGUAGGUUUUAAGCAACUAGCUGAAUGUUCACUAGAAGCUGCUUUUUUUGUGAUCACGUGAGCUUUGUUGUAGUAAUGUGAUAUGUUAGUAAUGUAGCUUUAAUAGUGAAUGAUGGUUUGGUAUAUCGAGCAAGUUUACCAAUGUUACACUCGUAGGUUUUAAGCAACUACGUGGGUUGUGGUGUAUACAUAUAUUUGUUAUUCUAGUGUUUGUAAACACUGCUGUGUUGCAUUAUGAUCACACCGUUUCGUGAUUGUGAGUUAAACGCACAUAGAUUCUCUUCACAUUGGAGGCCUAGUGGCGGUCUAUGAAUCCGAGGGUUCAUGGUUGGCGUCUCGUUGUAGUAAAAUCGUUCUUCACACUUUUGGACCGUAACCACGUUAUAAGAGUGAGAGUCAAGUCCAACUAUUCGAUUAGAAUAGCUCAAGAGUUGGCGGUGGAUUCUAUUAACUAGCUGUCUUUCUUCCUAGUCUGUAAGUGCAAAAUUAUGGACGGCUAGGCCAGAUAGUCCUCGUGAAGCUUUGCGCGAGAAUCCGAAACAAACAGACUUCACGUUGGAACAAUAUUUAAGCCCAAACAUUUGCAAAGUGACACCUGGAUCAUUAACUGGAAAUUAUUUUAGUUGUGCAGCAGUUAUGUGAUUAACCGAUAGGAGCGAGGACAACAGCAUUUUCUAUAAAAUAAAUGUGGAACGUGACUCAAGAACCAUAAAGUAAUUCGUGCUGGCCAUUAUCUGUCCAACAUUUUGACUUAUAUCUUAACAACCAUAAGUAAUUUGUGCUGGCCAUGGCCAUUAUCUGUCCAACAUUUUGACUUAUAUCUUAACAACCAUAAGUAAUUUGUGCUGGCCAUGGCCAUUAUCUGUCCAACAUUUUGACUUAUAUAUUAACAACCAUAAAGUAAUUCGUGUUGGCCAUUAUCUGUCCAACAUUUUGACUUAUAUCUUAUCAACCAUAAAGUGAUUUGUGCUAGCCAUUAUCUGUCCAACAUUUUGACUUAUAUCUUAACAACCAUAAAGUAAUUUGUGCUGGCCAUGGCCAUUAUCUGUCCAACAUUUUUACCCAUUAAAAUAUAUUUCUUCCAGUAAUUUUUUACAUGUUGAAAACGUAAUGUAGAGGUACAAUAAAUGUUUUUUAUUUUUAAUUUACUUGUAUUUUUUGUUAAGAGGUAGAGAAAGGACUUUGGUCGUUUUGGGUUUUGUAAAUUUUACUGCGGCGGAACGUUUACUUAAUUGUUGUGAUUUUGAUUUGUAACUUUUAUGCAUUUUCUAAACUAAAGCAACAACUUCUCAAAGCAAGAUACUAUAUGAAAUUAUCUACAUAAUUUAUCAAGUUAUUACUGAUCUACAUAGUUAGCUUGCCUCAUCAGGAAUUAUGGGAGCUUCAUCUGUUUUAAAUCGAUAUCGGUGGAAACUGAAUAUCGAAAUAAACUCCUGAAGAAAUAGUAUAAUAUCGUCACGUGAAAAUAAUGUUAUUUUAUAUAAAUCAAAGGAUUGUUCUAACGAAAUCUAAUUUGGCACUUGUUAUAUAAUACGGUUUAACGAACGCUUCCCGUUUACGCGCUCCCAACUUGUUAUAUUUUGUUCAGCCUGUUUACAAAUGUUUGAGUUAGUUUGAUACACACAAUGAUACUACAUCUCGUGUCUCCUAUAAUUCUGUACACAUACACACAAUGAUACUACGUCUCCUGUCUCCUAUAAUUCUGUACACAUACACACAAUGAUACUACGUCUCCUGUCUCCUAUAAUUCUGUACAUACACACACAAUGAUACUACAUCUCCUGUCUCCUAUAAUUCUGUACACAUACACACAAUGACACUACAUCUCAUGUCUCCUAUAAUUCUGUACACAUACACACAAUGAUACUACGUCUCCUGUCUCCUAUAAUUCUGCACACAUACACACAAUGAUACUACGUCUCCUGUCUCCUAUAAUUCUGUACACAUACACACAAUGAUACUACAUCUCCUGUCUCCUAUAAUUCUGCAGAUCAUUUCGGAACUAAAAAAAUAGUAAUUAUAAAGGACAAUAAUUCUGUAUUUGUCAACAAAACAAACAGGAACAAUUUAAGUAUUGCUAACUACUGUGUACCGGUAAAUUAAUCAUCAUUUGUUGGCAUAUAUCAGGCGAGCUACCGAUUUGUCUUCGACAUUAACUCGUUAGUAAAUGAUAAGUUUUACGUAAACAUCGCUGCUUUUAUAUGUAUAUAAAUAUUACGCUGAGAAAAUGAAUUUUCAAGCUUUGUAGCAUUGUAAAAAUAUAUUACCGUGAUAUUGUUUUGUGGUUGUUACUUGAACCAACUUAGAAAGUUUAAUCCUUUACUGUAUGUUCAAAAUAAUCGUUAAGAAUGAUUGAUGUUGCUUGUAAACAUAUUUGUAAAUUUCCUUUGACAUAUUUAUAUUGCAUAAAUUUUAUAUUUUGUUUGAAAUGCCAUAUUAUAUCUGUAUUGUUGUGCUGGUUGUGGCAAGUAUUAUAUCUGUAUUGUUGUGCUGGUUGUGGCAAGAGCUUAUUUCUGGUUCAUCACACUAGGAUAACUUUUAACUUAUUGUUGGCUAAGUGGUCUUUCUAAGCUAUAUAGAAAGCCACCUGGCUUAAGAUAUGCCAAAUGGAGCAAAAGUAAAGCUCAUAAACGAAGCACUAGCCAACAGUGAGUCAAAUUUUCAAGCAGUAUAUAUAUAUAUUUAGUUGACUUAUUGUUACUUCAUGAUAUUUUGCUUUUAUAUGCAUGCUACUGUAGCAAGUGUAAGCCGGUGAAUAAAAAAUUUGCUGAAAAA